CACUAAACCGUCGCACCCUGCCACCGAGAAGCUCUCUCUUUGUGUGUGUGUGUGUGUAUGAAGUGUCAAGCAAUAGAUGAGUCAAAAUGUUGAGGGGGGCAGGAUUUCCUUUAUAUUCUUGGAUUCGUUGAUUAGUACAAAGCUCUAUAGGCAGCAGUCAGCCUGAUGCCAUGUCACCGGGUAAGUGCCAAUAACUCUGCCAAACUCAUUUUAUUUCAUUUAAAUCCACCUGCUGAUAUCUACAUUAUUACUACAGGUUCAAUUUAAUACAGAUAGUGUACAGAAUGCUAUAUGUGUCCACAGGGUGAUGGGAAAUGCAUAAAAUUUCUUUUCAUUCUGAAUUUCUUUUUUUUCCUCUUAAAAAGUUCUGUUUUCAACUUGAUGUUAAGUUUGUGGUGUACCCAGUUAUCAGGGUGCACCAUCUUCAGAAAUCCUCUUUCUGCCAGUUUCAUUAUACAUCAUCAUCAACCUACACAAGAAAUAUAUUUUAAAUGCUUAUCAGAAAGUAGGGGGGCAGGGGCAGGAUUUCCUUUAUAUUCUUGGAUUCGUUGAUUAGUACAAAGCUCUAUAGGCAGCAGUCAGCCUGAUGCCAUGUCACCGGAGUUCCAGCUGAGUGAUCUGUGCCCUUUUGACGCAGAAUACGCCCGGCAAGCAUGACAACAUUGAGAUCCCGAGCCUUCCUCCUCCUCCUCCUCCUCAUCUCCCUCUCAUCCCUGCUUUAUUACAGCUUCUUGGACCAGAAGCUCUAUCUGCAGAAAUAUCAUCCAGCUGUUUCUAAGAGAAACAUCAGCAUCCUGCUGUGGCACUGGCCAUUUGGCCGCUCUUACAGGCUUGAUGGAGACAAAUGCCUCGAGAUGUACAACAUCAGUCACUGUUUCCUCACUGACAACACAUCCACCUUCCCGUCUGCUGAUGUGGUUGUCUUCCACCACCAGGAGUUGAGAAGAGGUCUGUCCCCGCUGCCCCUGCACCUAGAUCGCCCGGCCUCCCAGCAUUGGGUGUGGCUGUCAAUGGAGCCUCCUAUCAACAAUGCAAACCUCACACAGCUCACCGGCCUCUUUAACUGGACGAUGAGCUACAGACGUGAUGCAGACAUAUUCAUCCCAUAUGGAAAAACCAUGGUAGGAGGUGAUGAGCUAGGUUUCCAGGCUGCUUCAAAUCACUCCUGCCUUGUCAGCUGGGUGGUCAGCAGAUACAGACCUCACCAGGCUAGGGCUUGUGUUUACCAAAAUCUAAAGAAGUAUAUCCCCAUAGAGGUAUACGGAAAGUGGAACAAGAAACCCCUAUCAAAAAAGAAGCUGUUGCCCACAAUUGCAAAGUGUGUUUUCUACCUGUCUUUUGAGAACUCUGAGGCAAAGGAUUACAUCAGUGAGAAGCUCUGGAGGAACGCUUUCCAAGCAGGGGUCAUACCAGUAGUUCUCGGCCCCAGCAGGGUGACCUAUGAAGCCCUGGCUCCCCCUGGUUCCUUUAUCCAUGUAGCUGAUUUCAAGAGCACAGCAGAUCUGGCUGCCUAUCUGAAGCAUGUGGCUGCAGACAGACAGGCCUAUGAGGAGUACUUCCAGUGGCACCACACUCACAGAAUAAAAACCUACACUGACUGGAGAGAAAGGCUGUGUCAAAUCUGUGUUAAAUACCCCAGUUUACCAGCCAAUAAAGUCUAUCAGGACCUGGAGAGCUGGGUUAAUAGCUAAUAGCGUAUCUCUUCAUGCUUUCAGGUUACUGAGAUGUUUUUUUCAUUGGGACUGCUGAUGCUACUGGGUUACCACAUGGAAAUGUUAAAAUACUAUACAGUGACAAUUUGAUGUGGGAUUAGACAUGUCUCAGUCAGCCAUGCAGUUUUGUAACUGCAUGCCACAGAAACAAAUCUCAAGUGGUUGGUUGUGUUGGCUGUGCACUUCACAAUAAAGCGGAAGUGGGAACCU